UUCUACCUAUAGCAUCUAGUUUCGCAGUCAAGUUCAAAUCAUCACAACUUAUAUCCUCAUUGAUCGGUUAAUUAUUGAAUGAGUUUUCGUGGGUUUUAAUUGUUAAUUGAUUAAACAAUGACUGAACAACAACAACAACGGGAACAACUGAACGUGGCCGAGUUGGUGGAGAACGAGAAGAAUAAAACCAACGUCAACUGUACGCACUGCGGCUCACUCAUGCUGAAACCGGGCAGUGCCGAUUACGUGGAAAGCGAGUUCAAUCUGCCAGAACCAUACAAGAAGAAACAUCCCGCGCCAGCAUCCAGCCCAGCCGAAUUUGCCUGCGAGAAGUUGACUCAAUUCUGGGUCGUCAACGACAUGUUCACCUUCGAAAACAUCGGAUUCUCGAACACGGUCGAUCAAACCAAGUAUCUGAUCUGUGCUGACUGCGAAAUUGGCCCGGUCGGGUAUCACGAUCUCCAGACGAAACGAUGCUACGUGGCACUGCAGCGGGUAAAGCACGUGGAUGCUUGAGGUGGACCGACUACUCUUGGACAUUGAAUCCGAGAGCUAGGGAGUUUUUUUUUUUCGUUCCAUACACUGUUCGGAUGUAUUUGAUUCUGCAAUUAUUUUAUUUCUUAGGACUGUCCUAAAACUAUUUACUCUUAACAAGAAAUAAAACUAGAACCUAUUUUCUGAAUGAAA